AUGAGCAUGGCGGAGCGGUGGAACCUCGCCGGCGCCACGGCUCUCGUCACCGGCGGCAGCAAGGGCAUUGGGCACGCGAUCGUGGAGGAGCUGGCGGGGUUCGGCGCGCGUGUGCACACGUGCUCGCGGAACACGGCGGAGCUGGAGGAGUGCCGCCGGAGGUGGGAGGAGAUGGGGCUGCAGACGCUGUUCAAGCCGGCGGCGGAGUGCACCGGCGAGGACUACGCGCGGAUCAUGGCGACCAACCUGGAGUCGUGCUUCCACCUCAGCCAGCUCGCGCACCCGCUCCUCCGGCAUGCCUCCGUCGCCGGCGGGGGAAGCGUCGUGCACGUCUCCUCCAUCGCUGGCUUCGUCGGGCUCCAGGCGCUGGCAGUCUACUCCACGACCAAGCAGGGCGCCAUUAACCAGCUCACCGGGAGCCUCGCCGCCGAGUGGGCCCGCGACGGCAUCCGCGUCAACUGCAUCGCACUGGGCGGCGUCAAGACUGACAUCAGCACCGAUAUGACAAUAGACCCUGAGCUUGUGAAGAAUGAAAUGGCACGGCUGCCUAUGGGGAGGAUCUCCGAGCCGGAGGAGGUGGCGUCCAUGGUGGCCUUCCUCAGCAUGCCGACGGCGUCGUACAUGACCGGCCAGGUCAUCUGCAUUGACGGCGGACGCACCAUAUCUUAG